CGAGACAAAACAAAAAAGCCUCGGUGGAGAUGACAUCAUAUAAAAAUCUGCAAUCAAUAAUCAAGAAAUAACUUGUAAGAGAGAUGGGAUGAUAGCCGUAUUUGUUUCUCCAGUGCGGUGUUACUGGACUCCAAUUGGACAUUGCAGGUUAAUAUAGAUUUGUCGCAGUCACUCUGGAGUUGAAUACGAGGCAGUGGUAAGUUGUGCUGACCUGUGCAGACGGAGCGAUAGAAGCGAGGGACGGACAGAAGGAACGGGAGUGGAGUGUUUCGCUGCUAAUCUGCGCGCGCUCUCCAGUUGGAAUCUUAUUCGACUCAGGUGUUCAGCUGUGAGCGGAAGUUUCUGCUAUUUGUGUGUGCGGCGUGACAGCAAAGCGGCGAUUGACAAGCGCGAUCUUUUUCGAGGUGUCAGAAAAAAUCAAGUGCGUUCUCUUGGCUAAGGUGGUAAUUUCGCAAAAGGAAAUCUAUUGCAGACAUAGGUAUGAAGCGGCAUCUUGGCUGAGUUGAGUGUCUCGCAUAGAAAUCUAUCGACUGUGGCGGCUAAUUUUAAAAGGAAGUGCCAACGAAAGCCCAACGUCGCAACCGUCAAGGAUUACAACUGUUUGGAAAAUUCAAACGCGAACAUUUUAAAAAGAUAGACGGUAGUGAGAGUGUCAACAUAAUAGAGGGGAACUUGCGGCAAUGUACAAGUGCGGAAACGUCAACGAGAAGCAACUGUGAAAAGUCAAAACAGUGCAUCCGAGCGAAACGCGAGUUCUUUACGUGCGGGUGGAAAGUGCAUGAAGUGUACACUUGCGAGGAUUCGACGAGACUUGGCAAACGUGCGACUAAUUGUGUUUAAGCGGAGAAUUUACAACUGGUAAUUGUGCAGUUACUUCGCCGGUCGAUAGUUUGUUACGAGCGGGGAUUUUGCAUGAAAAGGCCGCGAUUGAAGAUUUAACUUUGAUAGCCUUCUGAGAAAAGCGAAAAAGAUAUUGGCUGACGUUUGUAAACUUUUUAUCGUUGUUGGUGUUUCGUUAGUGGAGUUUGUGUCGGAUGAUCUUUGAAUCUAAGACGUGGAGAUUUCGCUGUUGGCGUCGUUUGACCUGCUCAAUUGUCGGUGACCUCCUGUCGGAAGGUGGUCUUAGGUUGUUCUUGUUGCACAGUCCCAUCCCCGGCCUUCAAAAUUUAUCCGAAAAUCCAGGACAGUCCGCCGGAAGUCAGCGUCGUGGACGAGUACUUUGUCGGAAUGGAUCCGUCGCGGGGUGACUCGCGCUACAACUUAAACUAUAGUAUGGGCGGCAUUGGUUUAAGCCUGGCUGACCCAGCUGACCUUUAUGGGAACCCUGGUGGAACAUUGGCGGCGACAGGGCGUCCGCCGAGCGGUGGAUUGAUACAAUCAAUGGGAAGGACAUCGUCCGGAGGAGGUGGAUUAAUGGGGCAUGCGGGCGGAGGUGGCUCAGGAAACGCGGGUGCGGGUAGUGGACAGUGUCAGACAUUAGGUGUUAGUGGACAACAGUCUCGCGGUGUGAAACGGACAAGUUCUGAGUGCUAUGAUGACCACCAUCGGUCGAGUACUGGUGGAAUGACGGCACAACAGACGCUCCAAGGACUAGAAAGCUGUGCUAGCGGGGGUGUGGGUGGACAGCCGGGUUCGGGUGGCGGUAACGUCCCGGACGGAGUGGACGAUGGCUACACCUCCCUGCAGAAUAAAAAGUCACCGCCUGCAAAUGGAAAGAAGACCAAGGGACGUGUUAAAAUCAAAAUGGAAUAUAUCGACAACAAGCUGCGACGAUACACAACGUUUUCAAAGCGCAAAACUGGAAUCAUGAAAAAAGCAUAUGAACUGUCAACAUUAACUGGAACACAAGUCAUGUUGCUAGUUGCAUCAGAAACAGGACACGUGUAUACAUUUGCGACGAGAAAAUUGCAACCAAUGAUUACUUCUGAAGCGGGUAAGCAAUUGAUUCAGACCUGUCUAAAUUCGCCAGACCCUCCAAACUCGGGUGGCGGAGAUCAACGAAUGUCCGCUACAGGAUUCGAGGAGACUGAACUCAGUUACAAUAUUGCCGAUGAGGAUUCGAAAGUAAGACAAUUGAUUUACAGUCAUGGUCAUCAUGGGCACGCUCAUUUAACACAUCCCCAAGCCACUCACUAUGGAUUGGAACAGAGUUUAAUGCAGUCCCCGUAUUCAACCGGUCAGCCAUCUCCACUUUCACAUGCGCAGUCUGCAUAUGCACCUCCGCACGGAACUCAUGGCCAUCACUCCCAUGUGCCUCAUCCACAUUCUACGCAUAUGAGUCAUGCUCAUGCUCAACGGUAGUCACACUUUUCAUUUGUUCCUAUUCGCUUCAGAAUUUAUCCUUUUUUUCUUGCGAAGGGAAAUAGUGAAUUUAUUGAUAUUAAAAAUGAAUUUGAAUUUCGUCCAAGAAAUUUUGCUAUCCGUCCAUUCCGGUAUUGUUUUAUAUAUAAUAUUGCGAAAGCACAGCAGUUUCCAUUCAUCUACAUAAUCCAGUAGAAAAGUCUGCAUUCAGGAAAGUUAUGAUUAUGUGGCUUCUGAUCUAAGGAUGUUUCCCUUCUGAUACGAAGCUAUCCAAUAAGAUUAUUUAACCGAAAAAUUUCAAAGAAAAAUCAACAUGUACCCUCCCCAAUUCUUGCUUCCUUUGAGUUUAUCUAAAAAUGCCAUACAAUGACAUGAAGUUUAUGUAGAUAAAUUGGUAUUCUCCACAUUUACUUUCGAAUAAUAUCAAAUAUGAUGUUGACGAUGGGUGACAUUAGCAGUAAACUGUUUUUUAAUUAUUAGAUAGAUUCAUUUUAUUAAAAAUAAAUUUUCUGCCCAUACAACUAAUCAUAAAUGAAGCGUCUUGAAGUUGUUUUCACAUAUACCUUUUAUUGGAGAAAUGAGUCUGUUUCGCAUUUACCCAAUUUUUGUACGUCACCGAGAUGUAACUAAGCCUAGUGAAAAUGAGGUGAUUGCGAGUGUGAGGUUGGAAAUGAUACUUUAUAAAAUUUCGAUAAUAGUUUCAAUAUUCACAGACGCAAAAAUUAUAAUUCAUUUACUUGGCAUUAUACGAGGAUUUAAAUUUGAGCUCUUUUCGUUUCUUAUUAACUUUGAAAUGCUUUUAAUUUACCUUCUCUAGGGAUGGGACGAUGUGUUAUAUUCAUCUGUAUUCAGGGAUUAAAUGAGCGUGUCCAUUGGGUUUAUUUUAUAUGGUGUUCACAUAAAAAAUUUACGUAAAAAUAAAUACCAAAUACGACUAGAAAAGGAUUAUUCAUAAUGAAAAUACCUGAAAAUAUUUGCAAGUGCAAUGUUUAGUGUUUUUAUUUAUUUUUACGUAAAGUUGAUGGUAAAAGUAGGAAAAAUAUCGUUUGAUUUUUAGUAUAACUAGUUGUUUCCGUUUGUAAGUCGAACUGUUUCAUGAGUAUACAUUUUUUUUUAUAUUCUCGAAUGAAAUACUUCUAUGGUGUCGAAGAUCAAUGAUUCCUUCUACUUGUGAAUAGAAGUUAUUACUUUUAAAAAUGAAGUAUCUUACAAGAUACAAAAACAUCUGUAAUACAGAUUAAUAUACAAAUAGGAAAGCAUCACUAAACUGAUGAGUUGAUCCUUACAUAAUAAACUAUUUAUAGGAUAUUUUAGAGUGUAUAAAUAAAAUUUCUAAAUUAAUUUAAUUUAAACUUGAAACUUAAGCAAACAUAACUAUUCGAAAAGUUAACAAAGAUAAAGUAGUGAGAUCUAGAUUUUAAAAAGACAAGCUGAAGUGUGUAGGCGAUCAUUGAAAUGAGUGGUAUUCUUAAUGUUGUUUAUUUAAAAAUUGUUUUAUGAAUAAGUAUGCGAAUGCAUUGAAAUGAAAGUAGUAACAUUAAUUUAUUGGCUGACGAAACGGUAGCUUCUAUAGACGAAUGUUAGAGGCAAAGUUUUAAUCGAGUCGUUGUUAACUUGUAAGUGUUCCGUACAUCGAAAUUUCUCCUUUGGGGUGAAAAAUGUUUUCGAUAUUUUGUUAAUUAUUUUCAAAUUAGUUUGAUUUUUUAAUAUGAAAGUUUUAAUCGCAAUAUAUAAUAGAA